AAUGAAUUUUAACGUCAGAGCUUUCACAUCGUGGGUCGUAAUUGUUUGGCUAAGCAUGCUUUAAUUCAAAAAUCACAUCUGCACUGCCAUGGUAGAAAUUUGGACAUAGUAUCGUACAAGUGCAGUUGACGAUUUUUAAAAUCUACCAUGAUGAUUUCGUGGUUCAUGAUACUGCCUGUGAUUAUGAUUCCAUUUAGUAUAUUGAUUAAUGAAGCUGAAUUGAGAGGUGGUCAUGGAGGUGGGGGUGGUGGUGGCGGUGGUGGUGGCCAUGGUAGCUCGCACGGCGGCGGCGGUUCACACGGCACUUCACAUACUACAAGUAGUUUUUCGGGUGGUGGAGGUGGAGUGAAAAGUCCUAGUUCGCCUUCACCUACUGCUUCCACAGGAGGACAUGUACCUGCAAUGGCUAUGGCUGCUGGGACUCAUGGAUCUGGCGGUGGCUCAUCCGGUAAUAAGCAAAAGGAAAAGAAAAAAAAGGAACAAGAAGAAAAGAAGAAAAAGGAGGAAGAAAAGAAGAAAAAGGAUGAAGAAAAGAAGAAAAAGGAAGCAGAGGAGAAGAAGAAGAAAGAAGAGAAAAAGAAAAAAGAAGAGGAAGAAAAAAAGAAACAAGAGGAAGAAGAGCAACAAUUCGGUGGUAAUUCGUAAUUUCAUAGGAUGUUCAAUCAUGUUCAUCCUCAAAGUCAAAACCAUCUCGUUUCAGUGAUAUUCAUGCAUUUGAAUAAAAUACAUAUCGUCAUCAUAUA